AUGGGAAAGAGUAUUAAAAAGGAUUCAGACAAAUCUAAAAAAAUUUAAAGAUAGAACACUAUGGAAUAAACUGCUGAUGAAGCAAAAGAAUUCCUUGCAAAUUAUGAUAAAAUCCUAAAGAGACAGCAAAGAGAAAGGUAGCUAAUGAAAUAAAAAAUUGAAAAACUUGAAAAUUCUAAAAGAGUUAAAAAGUCUACUAAAAAGGUUGCAAGUCUUAAGAAAGCUAAAGAUACCAAAGCACUACCAGCUUCACCAAAAAAAACAACUACAAAUAAAAAAAAAGUGACUCCUACUAAAAUAGCAGCAAGCACCCCAAAAACUACUAAAGCUGCAAAAGCACCAAAGACCAAAAUUGCUUCUUCAACUUCUGUUUUAUCUCAUUCAUAUCCAUACGCAAUACAAAAUGAUUGUAAUUCUUGCAGUACUAUUGCCUCCACUGAAGUGUUGAUAAAUAAGGACUUAGGAAACUAAAUAAUCAAGAAGUCUCUAAAGGGUUAAGCUAAAGCAGAGGAUGUUGCAUAGAAAAAGGCUAAGCCAUUGCGCACAAAAACAGGUGAAAAACUUGCUGCAGGUAUGGUAGAUGUUGUGUUUUGUUGUGAUACUACUUCAUCUAUGUCCUCUUAUAUAAACAAAUGCAAGGAUACGGUCAACUAAAUCAUAAAAAAUAUUCUGGAUAAGACAUAGGGAGAAGGAAUUUCUGUAAAAUUUGGAUUUGUAGCUUAUAGAGAUCAUCCUCCUUAAGAUAAUAGCUACUUAACAUGUAGCUACGAUUUAACCUCUGAAGAUGAAAUAAAACAGUUUAUUUAGACGCUAUCUGCAUUUGGAGGAGGAGACUACCCUGAAGCUGUUAUGGAUGGGUUAUAUGUUUCUGCAAAGCAUAUGAGCUGGAGAGAUAGUACCCACAUUCCAAGUCUUAGAUACAUAUUCCACAUUACAGAUGCUCCUCCUCAUGGUAGCGAAUAUGGUAGCUGGUCAAGUGGUAAAGGUUGCAAAUGUGGUAUUGAUAUAAAUAAAUUAUCACAUAUUAUUAACAUGAGACAAAUACAUUAUAGAUUAGUAAGUACUGAAACUACAAAUCUAUAAAAAAUGGCAGAAAUAUUCAAAAGUAAAAUAAUAGAUUACGAAGAGUGUACUCUUAAUAAUGCUUCUGAAAUGGAUAUUAAAAUAUCUGAUAUGAUUAUUAGAGAACUCUUACCUGAUAUGGUAGAAGAAGAUUUUUGA